CUGUACUCUCAGCACAAAUGCACACUGUGUAAUAAACCUCUGAAAGCCACCGUGUUGAGGAAAACCGAGACAUCCUCUGAUCCAGAAUCAGUUUUUUUCUAUUUAUUUGAAUGAGCGUCACUCCUAUGAAACAUAAUGUUAUUGAUGCAUCGAUUGUUGAUCGGCCUAUUAAUAUUCAUCUCGACACCAGCCUUGAUCAAUUUGGUAACAAGUGCAGACACAUCUAUGUCAACAAGUUCCACAUCCAUAGACACGGCUGCUGUUGCAACUACCACAAAUUCGACUACUACACAUCCUCAUACAUCAUCAGUGGGAAUCAUUACAAGCACAACUAUUAAUACAAACUCAGCAAACACGAAGAAUUCUACAAGCACAACCCCUAUUAGCUCUACUGGUGCCUUGAUCAAUUUGGUAACAAGUGCAGACACAUCUAUGUCAACAAGUUCCACAUCCAUAGACACGGCUGCUGUUGCAACUACCACAAAUUCGACUACUACACAUCCUCAUACAUCAUCAGUGGGAAUCAUUACAAGCACAACUAUUAAUACAAACUCAGCAAACACGAAGAAUUCUACAAGCACAACCCCUAUUAGCUCUACUGGUGCCUUGACCAAUGUGGUAACAAGUGCAGACACAUCUAUGUCAACAAGUUCCACAUCCAUAGACACGGCUGCUGUUGCAACUACCACAAAUUCGACUACUACACAUCCUCAUACAUCAUCAGUGGGAAUCAUUACAAGCACAACUAUUAAUACAAACUCAGCAAACACGAAGAAUUCUACAAGCACAACCCCUAUUAGCUCUACUGGUGCCUUGACCAAUGUGGUAACAAGUGCAGACACAUCUAUGUCAACAAGUUCCACAUCCAUAGACACGGCUGCUGUUGCAACUACCACAAAUUCGACUACUACACAUCCUCAUACAUCAUCAGUGGGAAUCAUUACAAGCACAACUAUUAAUACAAACUCAGCAAACACGAACAAUUCUACAACAAGCACAACCCCUAUUAGCUCUACUGGUGCCUUGACCAAUGUGGUAACAAGUGCAGACACAUCUAUGUCAACAAGUUCCACAUCCAUAGACACGGCUGCUGUUGCAACUACCACAAAUUCGACUACUACACAUCCUCAUACAUCAUCAGUGGGAAUCAUUACAAGCACAACUAUUAAUACAAACUCAGCAAACACGAAGAAUUCUACAACAAGCACAACCCCUAUUAGCUCUACUGGUGGUCAUGUCACAACUCCACCUGCAUUUUCAACUACUGCAGCCAACACCAUAAGUCCACCUGAAUCUACAGCUGGAACUGCUACAAACCAUCCUACAACAGCCACAAAUCCCCCUGUUACCACAUCAGGAACUGCUUCAAUUCCAUCCUCAACUGCAGGAGAAAAUGUCACUUCUACUCUUUUUAGCACAUCUGGCAACACAACAGUUGUUGUCAAUACUGCUACUCUGAUUACUCCAGUCAAUGUCACGCCUACAUCAGGAAACCCUGCAACUACACUCAUAACUACCCUAAGCAAGGCUACAUCUCCCUCCUUUCCCACACAUGUUUCCCACCUAACUACACCUGGAAAUGCCACAGUUCCACUGGUAACCACGCCAGGCAACACAACGUCAGCCCAGACUAUUCCAGUCAAUGCCACAACCCCACCUCAGACUACACAAGGUAACGCCACUGUCUUACCUACAACUUCUUUUGACAAUGGUACCAUACCUGCUACAGCUGACCCUCAAACUACAACAGGCAAUGCCACAUCUCCAUCACUGAGUACAACUAACAUUUCUAUAGUUUCACCGACUGUAGCACCAGGAAAUGCGACCACACCACCCCUUAUUACAUCAGAUAACACUACUACACCACAUAUAAUUACAACAGGAAAUGCGACCACACCACCUCUUAUUACACCAGUAAACACUACUUUACCACAUAUAACUACACCGGAAAAUGCUACCACACCACCUCUUAUUACACCAGGAAAUGCUACCACAACACCCAUGACUACUAUUGGAAACAACACAAGACAUCCCCUCACUACCACAGGAAAUGCAACCACAUCACAUAUAACUACACAAGGAAAUAAUACCACACCACCUAUAACGACUAUAGGCAACAACACAUCACAACCCCUCAAUACACCAGGAAAUGUUACCACACCACCUAUAAUUACACCAGAUAAUGCCACCACACCACCCAUAACCAUACCAGGAAAUGAUACAACACAACCCCUCAAUACACCAGGAAAUGUUACCACACCACCUAUAAUUACACCAGGAAAUGUUACCACACCACCCAUAACCACACCAGAAAAUGCUACCACACCACCCAUAACCACACCAGGAAAUGCUACAACACAACCCCUCAAUACACCAGGAAAUGUUUCCACACCACCUAUAAUUACACCAGGAAAUGUUACCACACCACCCAUAACCACACCAGGAAAUGCUACAACACAACCCCUCAAUACACCAGGAAAUGCUACCAUACCACCUAUAAUUACACCAGGAAAUGUUACCACACCACCUAUAAUUACACCAGGAAAUGUUACCACACCACCUAUAAUUACACCAGGAAAUGUUACCACACCACCCAUAACCACACCAGGAAAUGCUACAACACAACCCCUCAAUACACCAGGAAAUGUUACCACACCACCCAUAACCACACCAGGAAAUGCUACAACACAACCCCUCAAUACACCAGGAAAUGCCACAACACAACCCCUCAAUACACCAGGAAAUGCUACAACACAACCCCUCAAUACACCAGGAAAUGCUACCACACCACCUAUAAUUACACCAGGAAAUGUUACCACACCACCUAUAAUUACACCAGGAAAUGUUACCACACCACCUAUAAUUACACCAGGAAAUGUUACCACACCACCUAUAAUUACACCAGGAAAUGUUACCACACCACCUAUAAUUACACCAGGAAAUGUUACCACACCACCCAUAACCACACCAGGAAAUGCUACAACACAACCCAUAACCACACCAGGAAAUGCUACAACACAACCCCUCAAUACACCAGGAAAUGUUACCACACCACCCAUAACCACACCAGGUAAUGCUACAACACAACCCCUCAAUACACCAGGAAAUGCUACCAUACCACCUAUAAUUACACCAGGAAAUGUUACCACACCACCUAUAAUUACACCAGGAAAUGUUACCACACCACCCAUAACCACACCAGGUAAUGCUACAACACAACCCCUCAAUACACCAGGAAAUGCUACCAUACCACCUAUAAUUACACCAGGAAAUGUUACCACACCACCUAUAAUUACACCAGGAAAUGUUACCACACCACCUAUAAUUACACCAGGAAAUGUUACCACACCACCCAUAACCACACCAGGAAAUGCUACAACACAACCCCUCAAUACACCAGGAAAUGUUACCACACCACCUAUAAUUACACCAGGAAAUGCUACCACACCACCCAUAACCACACCAGGAAAUGCUACAACACAACCCCUCAAUACACCAGGAAAUGUUACCACACCACCUAUAAUUACACCAGGAAAUGCUACCACACCACCCAUAACCACACCAGGAAAUGCUACAACACAACCCUUCAAUACACCUGGAAAUGUUACCACACCACCUAUAAUGACACCAGGAAAUGCUUCCACAACACCCAUAACCACACCAGGAAAUGCCACCACACCGCCCAUAACCACACAAGGAAAUGCUACAACACAACCCCUCAAUACACCAGGAAAUGUUACCACACCACCCAUAACCACACCAGGAAAUGUUACCACACCACCCAUAACCACACCAGGAAAUGCUACAACACAACCCCUCAAUACACCAGGAAAUGUUACCACACCACCCAUAACCACACAAGGAAAUGUUACCACACCACCUAUAAUUACACCAGGAAAUGUUACCACACCACCCAUAACCACAUCAGGAAAUGCUACAACACAACCCCUCAAUACACCAGGAAAUGUUACCACACCACCUAUAAUUACACCAGGAAAUGUUACCACACCACCCAUAACCACACCAGGAAAUGCUACAACACAACCCCUCAAUACACCAGGAAAUGUUACCACACCACCCAUAACCACACCAGGAAAUGUUACCACACCACCUAUAAUUACACCAGGAAAUGUUACCACACCACCCAUAACCACAUCAAGAAAUGCUACAACACAACCCCUCAAUACACCAGGAAAUGUUACCACACCACCUAUAAUUACACCAGGAAAUGUUACCACACCACCCAUAACCACACCAAGAAAUAAUACCACACCGCCCAUAACUACUAUAGGAAAUGCUACAACACAACCCCUCAAUACACCAGGAAAUGUUACCACACCACCUAUAAUUACACCAGGAAAUGUUACCACACCACCUAUAACCACACCAAGAAAUGCUACCACACCGCCCAUAACUACUAUAGGAAACAACACAACACAUCCCCUCACUACCAUAGGAAAUGUUACCACAACACCCAUAAACACAACAGAAAAUGCUACCACACCACCCAUAACCACACAAGGAAAUGCUACCACACCACCCAUAACCCCAUCAGUAAACACUACCACACCACCCCUAUCUACACCAGGAAAUGCUACCACACCACUCAUAACUACACAAGGAAAUACCACCACACCACCUAUAACCUCACCAGGAAAUGCAACCACACCAAUCAUAACUACACAAGGAAAUGCUACCACAUCACUAAUAACUACUCAAGGACAUGCUACUACACCGAACAUAACUACACCAGGAAACACUACCACACCGCCUAUAACCUCACCAGGAAAUGCUACCACACUACCCAUAACUACACCAGUAAACACUACAACACCACCCAUAACUACUAUUGGAAACAAUACAACACAUCCCCUCACUACAUCCGGAAAUGGUACCACACCACUUAUAACUGCACCAGAAAACAUUACAACACCAUCUUUCACUACACUGGUAAAUGCUACGACAUCACCCAUAACUACACCAGGGAACUCUACAACAGGAAUUGCAACCACAGGCAAUUCUACUUCUGGACCUACUAACCCAACUAACCCCACAACCCCACAAGUUACUUGUCCUGCACUGCCAUGCCCAGCUCUCAGUGUCUGUGUGAAUUCCAUCUGUCAGUGUUUGCCAGGAAACUUGUUUGAUAAUGGUGCUUGUGUUGUAACCAAAACCUUCCCUAGUAUGCUGCGCGUGAAUCGCACUUUUCACCCCAAAAUGAUGAAUUCCGAAUCCAACGAAUUUAAGGAAUUUGCAAAGGAGAUCAUCUCUGCGGUAAAUACGACUAUGCGUAACCAGUCAAGCUACAUUAAUAGUGUGGUUCUUAAGUUAGAGAGCGGCAGUGUAAUAGCUACAGUUAACAGUUUUUUUGAAGCUAAUUCUCCAGUUACCCAGAAAACCUUUGACGAGACUAUACAGGACGCUAUAAAAAAUUGCAGUGAAAAUUCCUGCCGCAUUCUUGGUGAUGCUACGUACACUGUAAGCAGCCUGUGUCAGCAGUUUCCUGCUCCUUGUGAUAACACCUCAACAGUUUGUGGCAUGAACAAUGGUCUUGUCAACUGUGACUGCAGACCUGCCUAUGUACCCAGUCUUUACCAGAGCAGGAGCUGUGUAGUCUGCCCCAGUGGCCAGAAAGAGGACAAAGGGAGCUGUGUUCCAUGUCCGUUUGGCUAUUCUGGAUUCAACUGUAAUGACUCCUCUCUGUUGGCUCUAGUGGUAGUGGCGUGUGUCUUAGGGGGAAUUCUGCUCAUUGGCAUUUUGGCUGUUCUCAUCUACAUCUGUGUGACUAAUAGAAGGGAGAAGUCUCAGGAUAGAUUUUACAGCACCCCAUACCCUAUUGAGAACAUCCAGUCCACGUGGUCCUCGCAGGGUAUCGCCCCUAUUCCUCGUGCCACUCUGGCUUCCAGUUCCAGCAAUAAUGCCGGUGACAUCUCUCUGGAGAUGACAGAAGGGGCGGGCAAAAGAAAUAACAACGGAUUGAAGAUUAGAGGAAAGACGGGCUCGUAUGAUCUCACAACGGAUGGCAUGAGGACCUUUAAAGGGAAAAACCCCUCACGGUACUCGUACUUGGUAGGUCAGGAAAACCCCUACUACCUGGACGGAGAGGAGAGGAGAGACACAUGAGGAAAGAUGGAAGGCUUGGCUACAGGUGUAUAAUGCACGGGCUUACGCGUAAAGGGAUUAAGAAUAAACAGUGCAAUAAAGCAACAUUAUAAAAGAACUUGGAUCAAAAAGUAGAACUCUUCUUGUUUUAAAUAUCUAUUAAUUCUCAACAUCUCUCUCACCCAGGAUAAAAUGCUCGCUUCCUUCAAGUGCAUUAAUGAUUGGGUUAUACUUUUACACAGCAUGCAUUUACUGAAGCAUGCUCAUUUAGCUAAUGAGAGCAGUGAACAUGUUGACGUUUUUAUUUAGUUUCAUGUUGAAUGUUUUGUUACGCGCCGGUCAUUUUUGUUCAGAUUUCUCGCAAAUGUUACUUCUACUGAAAAUGCUUUGUUAUGAAGGAUCAGGUGUUGAGACACAUUUGAAGUUUACAACCAAAGAUACUUUAUUAUGAAGAAUUACAACAAAUGUAAUUUAUCUAGCUAACCUGUGAUAGGUGUGCGGUAGAGUGACGUUCUGCCACCGUCUAAACUUUACUUUGUUGCUGAGCAGUGAGCAUGUUUCUUCACACAGUGAUAUCAAAUAUAUGAUGUAUGUUUGCGUGUGUGUUUAUGUGUCUACCUUUUGAGAUGAUGUCUACCAAGAAAGGUCUUAAACUCUCAGUCUUGAAUAAUUGGCUGAAAGCUCCAAAGAAUUGUUUUAUAUCAGGAAGAUUCAUGUCAACAGAAAAUCGCUGUGUCUGAAUGUGAUGUUGUUUUUUGAAUGGGAGAUUUAUGCAAUAAAGAGGAGCUUUUAAGGAGGCCUCCUUUUGUAGUUGUGCCAAUCAUUAUAUUUAUUCAAAUUAAAAAACGUUGUUUAUUGGUUCAUAUUUACUAAUUUAUGUUUUACUGGCUGUGUUCUGUAUGUAUAGGCUUUUGUUAAAAAAUGCUCUUUUGAAACAAAGUGAUCAUCUUAUUCUGUAUACUGAAAGGAAAUAAAGCAAAUAUAUAGUUGUUUUA